UUGCUGAUAGCGUGACAAACCAACCCAAUUCUUUUCGAAGAAUCGAAACCGAUAACGAUAUUCGAUUUCUUUCUUGGGUUUUCUGUUUCACUUGUAACAGCGAUUAUCGGUACCAGAGCAAACUAAACCAAAACCGACUGAAUUUCAGUUGCUGCACAUAUUCAAAACUGAACCGGUUAAACCAAAAUAUGGAUGAUCUUCGUAGAAAAGCUUCAAUUUUAAUCUAAUAAUAAUAGAGCAAGUGAACUCAUCAAUUAAAACGUAAAUGAGCAGUGAACUCAUCAAGAUCAACUGCUUGCUAGCUAAGCUCACAAAAUCACAACAAUACACUAAAACCCUCCAAUUGUUCCACCAAAUUCAAUCUUCCAAACAUCUCAAACCCGAUCAAUACACCCUUUCCACCACCCUCACCGCCACUGCCAAUCUCCGAGAUAUCAUUGCAGGAAACCAACUUCACUCACACGUUAUCAGAGCAGGUUAUCAAAUUUUCCCACAUGUAGCCAACACUUUACUCUUCCUCUAUGCAAAAUCAGAGGAUUUGGUGUCGGUCAAACGUGUCUUUGAGGAGAUUAAAGCUCCAGAUGUGUAUUCAUGGACGACAUUAUUGUCCGCGUGUACAAAUCUUGGGGAGGUUGGUUAUGCACGCCACCUGCUCGAUGAAAUUCCGCAAAGAAAUGAGGCUGUUUGGAAUGCAGUAAUCACAGGGUGUAUAGAUAAUGGGUAUUCAGAUAUUGCAGUGGGGUUGUUUAAUAGGAUGCAUUUGUUGGGUGUUAGGCUUGAUAACUAUAGUCUUGCUAGUGUUUUGAGCUUAUGUUGUUCCGAAUUGAUCGGUUUCGGUACGGAAGUGCACGCGCUUGUUGUCAAGACUGGGUUUUUGUGUCGGGCUUCGGUUACCAAUGCUCUGAUUACUAUGUAUUUUAAUUGUGGGAACGCUGCUCAAGCAUACAAAGUGUUUGAUGGAACAGAAGAGACGGUGCGUGAUCAGAUUACGUAUAAUGCGAUGAUUGGUGGUUUGGUGAGUCUCGGAAGAGAUGAGCAUGCUUUUAAGAUGUUUAUAAACAUGCAAAAAGUUGGUUUCAGCCCGACUGAACGGACUUUUGUGAGUGUUAUGGGUUCGUGUUCGAGUGAACAAGCUGCCAUCCAAGUACACGCGCAUGCCAUUAAGACCGGUUACAAUGACUUUAAUUCUGUAAGUAAUGCAGCAAUUACCAUGUAUUCCAGUUGCGGCGACUUGCAAGCAGCGCAAAUGGUUUUUGAGAGAUUAAAUGAGAAGGACCGUGUCUCGUGGAACACUAUGAUUACAAGCUACGCUCAAGAAAAUUUGUCGAGAGACGCAAUGUUGGCUUACUUGCAGAUGCAGCAACAAGGAAUCGAAGCAGAUGAAUUCACCAUUGGAAGCCUGCUAUCAACUUCGGGUUCUGUUGUAUGUAUCGAUAUGAUUCUUGCCACCGUGAUUAAAAACAAUCUUAUUUCAAAAACCGAAGUGGCAAAUGCCUUGAUAUCGACUCUUUCUAAACAUAAUGCACUAGACGAGGCGUAUAGUAUAUUCAAUGAGACAAAUUUCAAGAAUUUGAUAACUUGGAACUCAAUGAUUUCUGGGUUUCAUUUAAACGGGUGUUCGGUACACGCGUUGUAUUUGUUCUCGGAUAUCCUCGUAUCUGAUUUAACACCAGAUGUCUACACGUUAAGCAUCGUUUUAAACAUAUGUGCCGGCAUUUCCGACCUUAGGCACGGCAAAGAGAUCCAUGGUUACAUACUUAAGUCUAACUAUAUCCACGAGACGUCGUUAGGAAACGCGCUUAUCGCGUUAUACGCAAAAUGCGGCGUUUUAGAUCAGUCGCUAAAGGUUUUCAAGUCGAUGGUUAACAAAGACGUCGUCUCUUGGAACUCCGUGAUUUCCGCUUACGCUCAGCAUGGAAGAGGUGAGGAUGCAGUUGCAUGUUUCGAGUCAAUGCAAAAGUCAAAAGGGGUCAAAGUCGAACCCGAUCAUACCACUUUCACUGCAGCGCUGACAGCUUGCAGUCAUGCAGGGCUUGUUGAUGCUGGAGUUGACAUAUUCAACUCCAUGGUGAACAAGUAUGGUGUAGAACCAAGGGUUGACCAUUUUUCGUGUUUAGUUGACCUUGUGGGUAGAGCGGGGUAUCUUGAUGCGGCUGAGAAGUUGAUAAAGAGUGAUGAUUUGAAGGUGCAUAGUAGCGUAUGGUGGAAUUUGUUUAGUGCGUGUGCGGCUCAUGGUGAUUUAAGACUAGGAAGGAUUGUUGCGGGAUUUCUGCUUGAAGCGGAAGAAGAUAAGGCGGGAGUGUAUGUCGUUUUGGCGAAUAUUCUUGCGAACGGGGGACACUGGGAAGAAGCGGAGAAGGUGAGGAAGAUGAUGAGGAGUUAUGGGGCUGUGAAGCAACCGGGAUAUAGUUGGAUCGGAUCAUAAAACUAUGAGUAAAUUUCAAAGUUCGUCCUUUAUGUAUGUCUAAUAUAUCAAAUUAUGUCCUUUAUCUUUAAUAACAUCAGAAAACAUACUUAAUGUUUGAGAAACCAAUCAGGUUAUGUCCUUUACCCUAAACCUAGUUUGUUUUACCAGUUAAAUCAGGUCAUGUGACAAGCACAUGAGGGCAUUUAUGUCAUUCUACCUACCCAUUAUUGUGCCCUGUUAUAAAUGUUAUAAAAACCCUAAACCUCACCAUCAUCUUCUCCAUGUUUCAACCAGCUCCACAUACGUAACCCUAAUCCCCAAUUCGUCCCCCCUGCAAGUGACCCUCAAAUACGCAAUCGUGCAAGAGAAAACAACAAUGGUGGUAUGUGAAUGCGGGAAAGAAGCUGUAAUUGUGACAUCUUGGACUAAUCGCAAUCCUGGCCGUCGUUUCUAUGCAUGUCCUGAUCAGGGAUCGGAUUGUCGAUUCAUUGGUUGGGUUGAUACAAGGUGUCAAAGGUGUGUUGACAUCAUACCUGGACUGCUUAGGGGAAAGAACCAUGCUGAAGAACAGAAGAACAAGCUUGAGGUCAGAGUCAAAGAAAGUGAAGAAGAGGUUAUGAAACUGAAGAAGUGGUUGAUUAUCAGUUGGAUAUGUUUCAUUUGUUAUAUAGUGUAUUUCUAGUGUAAUUUUGGUCUGUGAUUGCUGUUAUCUAAUGUAAUUUUGACAUCAUGUAA